AUGACAGCCAUUGCAAACCCUCGGCGUCUUUCUCGCCAUUUCUCAAAGGCUAAUGAAGUAAGAACCUUGGUUUCAUCAGUCCAACUCCCUCAAAGGAACACGGUUCUUUCUGAGUCUUUGUAUGACCAUUUAUUGGAUAAAUGCCCAGAUAUCAAACUGUUGAAGAAGCUCCACUCCCAGAUUAUCUAUGAUCCAGACCUUUGCUCCAAUUCAUCCAUUGGCAUCAAACUAAUGAGAGCUUAUGCUGCUUGUGGGCAGCCCGAAGUCACUCGCCAGAUAUUCGAUAAAAUUCCUGACAGAGAUAUCGUCUUUUUCAAUGUGAUGAUCAGAAGCUAUGUGAACAACAACAUGUACCGAGAUGCUCUUUUUGUAUAUAAAAACAUGACUACUAAUAACAUUAAGCCUGAUCAUUAUACUUUCCCUUGUGUUUUAAAAGCGUGUUCUGGGUACAAUAAUUUGCGGGUUGGUUUGCAAAUUCAUGCCCCAGUUAUGAAAAAGGGUCUUGAAUCGAAUUUAUUUAUUGGGAAUGGGCUGGUUGCCAUGUAUGGAAAGUGUAAGUGGUUAGUUGAAGCUCGAAGGGUUCUCGAAGAAAUGCCUUGUAGAGAUGUGGUUUCUUGGAACUCAAUGGUUGCUGUGUAUGCACAAAAUGGACAGUUCGAUGAUGCUUUAGAAGUAUGUAGGGAAAUGGAAUCGUUAGGAAUAAUACCUAAUGCUGGUACAAUGGCUAGUCUCUUACCCGCUGUUACUUACACAGCUAGGGACAAUGUUAUGUUUAUUAAGGACAUGUUUGUGAAUGCUAAACAGACACUGGUUUCUUGGAAUGUGAUGAUAGCUGUGUAUGUCAAUAAUUCUAUGCCUUCUGAGGCUGUUGAACUCUAUUCACAGAUGGACGCUCAUGGAUUGGAACGGGAUGCAAUAACUGUUGCUAGCAUUCUUCCUGCUUGUGGGGAUCUUUCGUCUCUGUUACUCGGAAGGCGGAUCCAUGAGUAUGUUGAAAGAAAGAGACUUAUGCCGAAUUUGUCGUUAGAGAAUGCAUUGAUCGAUAUGUAUGCCAAGUGUGGAAGUCUACAAGAGGCGAGGAAAGUGUUUGAUGGGAUGCAACGUAGGGAUGUUGUUUCAUGGACUUCAAUGAUCUCGGCUUAUGGUAUGAGUGGGCAAGGUCGCAAUGCUGUCGCGCUUUUUCACAAAAUGCGGAAGAUGGGUCUCACUCCUGAUUCCAUUGCCUUUGUUUCAAUUCUUUCAGCUUGCAGCCAUGCUGGAUUAUCUGAUGAAGGGCAAUAUUGUUUUAAUUUAAUGACUGAAGAGUAUGGGAUAGCUCCAAGGUUAGAACACUAUGCUUGCAUAGUUGAUCUUCUAGGACGAGCUGGACGAGUGGAUGAUGCCUAUAAUUUUGUAAAGGAAAUGCCAAUGGAGCCUAAUGAAAGGGUAUGGGGCGCUUUGUUGAGUGCUUGCCGGGUUCACUCAAACAUGCAUAUUGGGCUUGUGGCUGCAGAUUUUCUUUUUCAUUUGGCUCCUGAGCAGGCUGGUUAUUAUGUCUUGUUAUCCAACAUUUAUGCAAAGGCUGGGAGAUGGAAAGACGUAACAACCAUCCGAUCAAUAAUGAAGAGCAAAGGAAUCAAGAAAAUGCCUGGUGUUAGCAAUGUUGAGGUCAAUGAUCGGGUGCACACCUUUCUUUCCGGUGACCAAUUGCAUCCACAAUCCAAGAAAAUCUAUGAAGAGUUGGAUGUAUUAGUGGGGAAAAUGAAAGAAGCAGGCUAUGUCCCUGAGACAGAGUCCGCCCUUCAUGAUGUGGAAGAGGAAGAUAAGGAAAAUCAUCUAGCUGUUCACAGUGAGAAGUUGGCUAUUGUGUUUGCAAUUAUCAACACAAAACCAGGGACACCAAUCAGAAUUUCCAAGAAUUUACGUAUUUGUGGGGAUUGCCACAUUGCUGCGAAGCUUAUCUCCGAGAUUGCUGAUCGUGAAAUCAUAAUUAGGGAUACAAAUCGUUUUCAUAGUUUCCAGAAUGGGGCUUGCUCAUGUGGUGACUAUUGGUGA